UACGGAUUUAUUAACAAAAAGCCGAGGGUUGGGGGAAACGGCGCAAAUUACUACGAGGAAAAGAGCAAACAAAAGAAGUCAUUACUUCAUGUAUGCUCAGGGAAAACAACGGGAACCACUUCGACGGAAAAGACAACAAAGGAAUUCACCACCUGGAGAAAUAGAAAUCACAACGACGGUAGAAAACAAUCGCUAUAAGGUUCUGGGCAAGCAACGGAAACCAUGAGGGUGGCCGCAUGAUGGGAAACCAUGAAAAUAGCAAUCACUAAACCACAGGGGAAGUGAUAAAAAUAACUACGAGACUCAGGAAAAACUAUUAAAUAACGACGAGGCUGGGAGAAAACUAUAAAAUAACUAGAGAGCUAUAGGGUGCGUUCAUUUCCGGGUCAGGAUCAAUGAUGCGAGAUCACUCGGCCGAUGAAGCCGUGACCAGACUGGAUUUAUCGUUCCUUUGAUUCACUAUGGUCCGAGUGAUUUUCGAUAACCGACUCUGAUCCAGAACACAUCGAAAGAACGCACCCGUAGAAAUGGCUAGAAGGUUCAGAGGAACUGUUAAUCAUUACGAGGCUUAAGAGAGCCGUAUAGAAAUCAAUACGAGGCUCAGGCGAAACCGUAAACUUCACUACGAGGCUGAAACCGGGAUAGAGCAAGAGAGCUAUGGGAACCACUUCGAGGCUCAGGGUAACUUUAAAAUCAUAACGAGGCUCACGAGAGCUGUGGGAAUCACUACGAGGCUCAGGGUGACUUUAAAAUCAUCACGAGGCUCAAGAGAGCUACGUAAAUCAGUAGCAGGCUUAGGGCAAACUGAAAAAUCGCUACUAGGCCAGAGAGAACUACGCGAAUCACUUCGAGGCUCAGGGUAAACCAAUAGCUUUGAGGGUCAGGGGAGGAGAAAUUAUAAAAUCACUUGUAGGCAUAGACCAGGAAACCUGAGGAAUAAUGAUAACUAUUAAACCACAUCAUGGUUCAGGGAUAAGCAAUAGCAAUCACGUCCAAGCUAGUUUAGAGGAAUUAGAAAAUCAUUACAAAGCUAAAGGGAAGAACGCAAACUGGGAGAGGGAAUAGUAAUGACAACGGGGUUCUAUUGUUUCAGGGGAAACAAAGGACAUUGGGGAACAAAACGAGAAACUAAUGACUGCAAGGGGCAAGAGAGGACGUAAGUCCCAACUUAUUUUUCGUGCAAAUGUAUUUUUACCACUACCAAUGAGACCAUAUUUGCCUUCUUCAGUUAAGAUCUAUGAACUUCGAACCAAAAACUAAUAUUUAUUUAAUGAUCGAAACUUCUUGGCUAAGUAAAUUUUAUUCUUCACAAAGCGACCUAACCUUGAUUUUUGUCAGAUCAGUAUAUAUAGUGGGAAUUUGACCGCGACAACUCCCUCCGGCUCUCCUGUUUUGAUUUUCGUUGUGUUUGCACAUCAAUCGUCGAAAACUCUGAGUUUUAUUGGGAUUUCAACGCCAGGUUAAUGCCACAGAAUCGCCUAUAGCGUGACAUAUGAGAGGGCUGUAGCGAAGUAGCACUACGAAAUAUGAAUCCGAUCAUAAAGUUACAAUGACUAAACUGCUGGAGAUACUAAACAAGUGAGCUCUUUGUUUGUCGAGUUUCCUUAAAUAACACACAAAGUGACAAAGUGGGGAAAAUUACCCUGAAAAAGAUAAUGCAAAUCUGAUCACUAAAUAAUUCUGAAAAAGACAAGUUAAACAAGCUUCUCAGUCGCCCACCUGUGAAGCUGUAUUCAUCUUGUGGCACAAGGCAAGCCUCCAUUUUCAAUAAUAAAUAAGCUCCAAACUAUAUUCGACUAAAGAAAAGUAAUGUGUUGAAACGAAAGCUUAAAUUUGACAUCAAGUGUUAUAUAUUGAAAAAUGUCUCGCUAGUUUCUCGGAGACAACGUGUACCGUCUUGUAGUUCAGGUUGGGCAUUCCCUUCGAGAGUGAUCAAAUAUCAGUUAGCAGGUAAAGUGCGAGGUCAACACCAGACGUACACCAUGCUUGGAUUUCUUGUCUUUCAAGUCCUGUUUUCACUAGGUUCGUCACUUGACGGCUUUGACAAAAAUUGUUUAAUGGCAACCAACCUAUUGAGAAGGCGACAUGGCGUUCCAGACCUCACUUGGUCGGAAACCCUCGCGGCGGAUGCUCGAGCUUGGGCUCACACUUUAGCCCAGAGCAACACGUUUGAACACGACUAUAACAGCAUGCAAGUAAAAAGCCAAGGAGAAAACCUUGCCUUCUUCAAGCCUUUCAAGGAGAAAUGUCAGGGUCCUAAGAGGGAUGAUUGUGUACAGUGUCGAGAGAUUAUCGAGGGUUGGUACGAUGAGGUCAAGAAUUAUGACUUUGGAAUGGGAAAACCCAAAACACCCGGGGGAGUGGUCAUGCAUUUCACACAGGAAGUCUGGAAAAACUCUCGGCAGUUCGGAAUUGGAACUGCUAAAAGCAACAAGUAUGGCUUCAUUGCAGUGGCACGAUACAGUCCUCGUGGAAACAGAGGCGGUCCAGCGAUCUUCAAAGACAAUGUUUUCCCUCCAGGGACUAUUUCUGACCCAACACCCUCUGUUGGCACUACUUCUCAACCCUCGACACCCCCUCUUACAACUCCCACCGUCCCAGGUUCCCCUACAGCUACCAACUUCAGCAUUGGCGUCAAUGCCACCGUCACGGGAUUACCUCCACUAGCCAACACGACUGAACCUGCUACAGCGCCAGGUAGUUCUCCCCCUACAACAACAGGACCAUCUACGACUGCAGCAGGUAGUUCUCGCCCUAUAACAACAGGACCAUCUACGACCGCAGCAGGUAGUUCUAGCCCUCCAUUAGCAGGACCAUCUACGACUGCAGCAGAAAGCAGCCCCACCCCGCUACCGUCUGCCACUUCACCAAAUACUGGGUCACCCGCGAGUCUCACCACUACUGCCGCCCCAUCCACUUUACGCCCACUCGGUCCUCCGAAGAACGACUCAAAGUGUCAGUAUUUUGUGGUCAACAGUACGACGUAUACUUACGCCAUUGUACAAAAAUGUCCUGGCAAACCCAAUGUCACUUUAAUUCCACAAGGUGGCGCUCGCCGUACAAAAACAGGACCACCUAAGACCGAAGCAGUAACGACGCCACCAACGCCUUCGAUGCCUCCUACGACACCUGCUCCUCCAAACCCGUGUGAGCCAAACCCAUGUAAGAACGGAGGCACCUGUGAAGCUCAGGAGGGGAAAUUUACCUGUUCCUGUCCCGAUGGAUACUGGGGAGAACUGUGUGAAGAAAGGGGUCCAAAUGCUGACGAAAGUAAAGACGCAUUGAUGCUAACAAACAUGUACAGAGCUAUGCAUCAGGCUCCACCAGUAACCUGGAACAAGGAGAUAGCUGCUAAAGCACAAGACUGGGCCGACAAAUUAGCCAAAGAACAGAGACUUGUACAUGAGAACGAAAGUUCGACUGAUUACGGCGAAAAUCUGGCUGAGGUAGGAAGUGAAGACAAGGCCCUACUGCGAGCUAUUGAUGCAUGGUAUAAUGAAGUGUCUCUGUACAACUAUGAAGAUCCCAAGUUCUCCACAGACACCGGCCACUAUUCACAGUUGGUUUGGGGUGCCACUAAUGAAAUUGGAAUGGCAAAGGCGAAAACCAGAGACAACACUAACGUGUACGUGGUGGCAAGAUAUAAACCAGCCGGAAACGUUGUUAAUUUGUUUGAAUCAAAUGUAAAACCAAAACAGUAGAAUUUACAGCGCAAAAGGGCAACUUCUUUGAGCCCAGCGAAGUUUUAGAGUUAAUUCAAGAUAAACGUGAAAGAUAGAAUGCACGCGCUUCAAAUAAAGUAACAUUUUUAAGUGUA